AUGAGCUGGCUACCAGCCAUAGUUCUCUUCCUCAUAAGCUGCACUUUUGGUGACCCAGUUGACCCAGCCAGUCCGGCAUUUGUCUUUCCACAGGGUGUCGAUCCUCAGGGAGCACAAGCCAAUGAUCUACGACAAGCUUUCAAGGAUGCCAUAGUCAUCGCAAGAAUGGCUGCCGUGACCAUGAACCCCUACUGCGACCCUGUCUUUGAGCGGUACUUCUUCCCAGAGGAACUGCAAUUUGUAAGCAACGUGUUCCGAACCAUCGCCAACAUCCCUCUCGACAUCUCAAUUGAAGAUCUCAAUGGUGGGCUCGAUCCAGGUAUACAAGCCAUGGUCACUGGCAGAGGUCUGAACCCGACUUUCUCGCUGUUGUCAAUCUCAAUUGGCAACCACCCAGAUAGGUCGCCAAAUAGCGGAGAUGAUUGCGCCGUGGAAGGCACCGAUGCCUAUUUGGUUCAUUCCAAAGACAAUCCUGAUGCUGGUCUCAUUUCCAUGUGUACGCCUGUGUGGGACUAUCCUUCUCUGCAAAACAUUCUCAACCCGCCCGCCGGUUGGGAGAAUGACCUAGGAUUUGGUUGCGAUAACCUCCUCGAUCAUGAUAGUGAUCUGAUGACGCCGGCUGGUGGAGUCCUCCUGCACGAGUUGCUGCAUUGGGGGUUCUUGUUCGAGAACGAGGUGCCGAAUUUUGAGACAGUGAUCCCGCUGACUUCGGGAGGCGACCAUCAUAUUCGAGACUACGAAGGACCACCUGGGGGCAUUCCGCCCGAUGGAUAUGGUCCUUACAGUGCACCUUUGUUGAAGAAUCUGCCACGGGGCACAUAUUCAGUGACAACAAACAACGUUGACAACUACCUGUAUUUUGCUCUGUCAAAGUACUGGUACAUCCAGUGCACCAAGUACUUUGCGCAAUCGACCAGUUCGUCAGACAGGUUUUUGCGAAACACCGCUUGGAACAGAUAUAGGCAGCCAGCGCCAUCGCAGCCACCAUCACAGUCGCAGACGCAGUCACAACCACCACCUAAGCGUUCCAUCAUUCGCGAUCAUGUUGGUGGCUAUCGGGGCAACAGCACCACCCACGCUCAUAUCAAGACGCGGACUUAA